ACAACACAAGGGCUUCCUGCAUCCUGGCACUUACUCACCCAGUGUAGCCCUGUAGCACCCACUGUAGCACCCACUGUAGCACCCACUGCCUACUUACACUGCCCCCUGCCAGUCAGGGACCCCCAGUAUCUCUCCUGCCUGUUCUGGGGGGACCCCCCCUUGCCUUCCCCCCAAGUGUCCUGACCCAGCUUCUUACUUUGUUCGGCGGCUCCUCUGAUCCCCUGGAAAAGGGGAGGGACCCUGUGACUUUUGCUUGAACCCCCGACCCGACCCCGACCCCGACCCCGACCCCGACCCAGGGAAUUAGGAACAAGAGGAUUUCUCUGGCAAAUAGUGGAAAGUUCAAAGAGAGAGAGAGAGAGAUCUACUGGAUCCUGCAGUGCCAGGGACACCCAGGACCUGAUGGAGUUUUGAUAGGAGCCUGCUGAUAGGCUGGAGAGAGUAUGGUCAAGCACCAACCCCUACAGUACUACGAGCCGCAGUUAUGUUUGUCGUGCCUGACUGGAAUCUAUGGCUGCCGCUGGAAACGGUACCAGCGGUCACAUGAUGACACCACAAAGUGGGAGCUCCUAUGGUUUGUGAUCCUCACGUUUACCUUCUUCCUCACACUCACCUGGUUUUAUUUCUGGUGGGAGAUCCACAACGACUACAAUGAGUUUAACUGGUUUUUAUAUAACAGAACAGGACAUUGGGAUGACUGGUCCAUUCCAAUUCUUAUCACUACUGCUGCUGGCUUCACCUAUAUUACAGCACUUUUGAUGUUAGCACUGGGCCACAUAGCUGUGGGGCAGCAAAUGAACUUACACUGGCUCCAUAAGGGUUUCCUUGGGGUGAUCUUGGUUGCUACGGUCAUCGCCAUGGCCUCCAUGGGAGAGAUGUGGGAGGAAGAGUGGGACGUUCUCUUUAUUUCCUUCCAGGCUACGGCUCCCUUUUUGCACAUAGGUGCUCUCGGUGCGAUCACCCUCCUGUCCUGGAUAAUUGCUGGUCAGUUUGCAAGAUCAGAAAAAGCCAUCUUUCAGAUGUUUAUAAUCAUCGCCUAUUUAGCUGUGGUAAUUGCACUUUAUCUGGUCCCUCUCACUAUCUCCUCCCCGUGUCUUAUGGACAAGAAAGAUCUGGGGGUGAAACCGCAAAUCUUUGGCCAUCGAGGAGCUCCAAUGCUGGCUCCAGAAAACACACUCAUGUCUUUCCAAAGGGCUUUGGAGCACCAGGCGUACGGUCUUCAGGCCGAUGUCAUGAUAAGCUACGACGGAGUCCCGUUCCUUAUGCACGACCGCACCCUAAGAAGGACGACCAACAUUGACGGAGUCUUUCCAGAACUCUCCUUUGUACAUUCUUCCAUGAUCAACUGGACGGACCUUGAGAGGCUCAAUGCAGGAGACUGGUUUUUGAAGACUGAUCCUUUCUGGACGGCAAGUUCCCUUUCUCCGUCCGAUGCCACCCAGGCAGGGAACCAGUCAGUCUGUAAGCUGAGCGAGCUGCUAGUCCUGGCCAAAGAAUAUAAUGCCACCGUGCUCCUGAAGGUCCCGCCCCUGCCGUAUGAACACCCGUACGCCGACAGCUACAUCAACCUCACUGUCAGCACCAUCCUGGCUUCUGGGAUAUCUGAGAACCUUGUGAUCUGGGUCUCAGAUGCCCAGCGAGCGUUGGUCAGGGACAUGGCACCGGGCUUCCAGCAGGCCUCCGAGCGCAAGAGAGACGCUACAUCUGUGCGGGAGUCGGGCAUCGCGGUGCUGAACCUGCGCUACACUGACAUCCAACCAGAGGAAAUCAGGGAAUACAGUGCAGAGAACCUCACCCUGAACACUUACACUGUCAAUGAGCCCUGGUUGUACUCGGUACUGUGGUGCUCAGGGGUCCAGUCCGUCACAUCGGAUGCUUCCCACGUACUUAGCAAGGUGCCUUUCCCUGUCUGGUUAAUGCCUCCAGAUGAAUAUUAUUUAAUUUGGAUCACGUCGGAUGUCAUUUCCUUCACUGUCAUUGUAGGAGUUUUUAUAUUACAGAAGUGGAGACUCGGAAGCAUCCGCACGUAUAACCCCGAGCAAAUCAUGCUGAGCGCCGCCGUACGCAGGACCAGCCGGGACGUCCGGAUCAUGAAGGAAAAACUCAUCUUUGCAGAGAUAAACAGCAGCAUGGACACCGCAGACGAUCUCUCGCUAUGUUCCGACAACCAUUACGAUGGCUUCUCCAACAGCGCCGUUACUCCUUCCACAGACGCCAAGCUGCACGCGAGCUAGGGACGGAGGGAAGGGGAAAUAAACCUGAAAUUCUCUCGGAAACAUCUCUUUUUAUAAUGUGGAAACUCUCCCUGGGCCGAUGUUUGUUUUUUUUUCUCCUUCCACGGCAGAGAUUUUAUGGGACUACUUUAAUGCCAGGAUAUUUUGUUUAUUUUUGCUAUUAUGGUCUUUUUUUUUGGUUGUAUAAUUGGAACUGUGACAAUGUAUAUAUGUAGAAAAUCCUGUUUUGUGUGUGUGUUUUUGUGAGUAGAACGCAAGCGAGAAAAUUCCCCUUGAGCGGAGGGAGAAGGACGAUCACGUCUGAUAAACGCAACUCUAAAGGUGGGCGUACGCGUAAAGAUCUUCUCCCGAUAGCCCCACCUAUGGGUGGGGGCAAUAUUGGGGGAAUUUAGGCUAAUUCGGUCGUUUGGCCCUGGAUCGAAUUAUAACAACUGGAAGAGGCGUAGUCGCUUCAGGGACCACAUCAACGAGCCGAUGCGGUCCCCAAUCCCCAAUCCAGAUAUCGGUUGGGCAGGCCAGUCAUUGUUUCCCCUACACGGGCCGAUAAGCUGCUGAAUAUGUCCAAGGGACCCAUAUCGGCAGCUACAAUCGCCCCGUGUGUGGCCACCUUAAGGGAACUUCAGGCAGUGGAUAUUACAGUAUUGUUGGUCGCUUCCCAUUGACUAUUGGUGGCACGAAAAGCUCUGAAUUUGGUAUGAUUGUUCGGAAAUGUACGGUUUGGUGAUUCCCGGCAAUAAUCAUGGCUGCUUUGAGUACUCAGGGUGCUUCCAGUUGCCUACUAACAACGUGCAUUUGCAUCAAUGCCCGACCUGUUACAGAGUUAGUAAUCUCGCUGCUAGAUUUUCUAUAUUUAAUCAUUUAGGCAAAAAUCGUAUAUUUAUUUUGCAUUCAUAUAACUAUGUAGUUCAAUAACUGCUACCCCAAGGGGGCACUAAGCAUUGGGGGUAUAGUCUAAAGCUCCACUGGGUUGGCUGAUUGGAGUAUAUGCUCUGUGCUCCCCCAAUGAUAUCUGUAUUGUGAUUGUUCCCCAGGAGAAGACUUGCCCAUCUACCCUUUUGCUUGGCAUGCCCCAUGGCACCACCAAUCGAUGUCUGUGUAGUCUAUGUUUGUGCAGAACCUGGUCAGAAUGAAGGAUAAUAAAGGUGUAGCUGUCUGUUCCACCGGUGUGGGACACCCACAAAAAUCAAAGUAUAUCCGGAGGCAUUUGGAAAACAACAAUAGCAUGUCUUCCAUCUGGAAACUGGGAAUAGGCUCCCCCAGCCAUGGUAGUCUUACCGGGUUUAUUGGGAACCAUUGGGUUUGCUAAAUUAAAUAUAUUUACAGAAAGAUCCAGAAAGCACUUAAUUAAUUACACGGGAAAAAUCUGGUUAAGAUGUCUAAACACCCAAUAAAUCCUUUUCGUUUGCAGAAUGCCCCCUAGUGGCUUAACAUAAAUCACUGUCCUUCACCCCAGGCCGGUGGGGGUCCCUCUAUACAAGCAGUUGCCAAAAACCAGAAUAGACCUGGGGGGGGGGUUGUACCAUUGUUAAGGGGGGACCAAUUGGGGGUUGAGCUUUCAGGUGAAUAUCAUUCAGAUGCCAUAGACAUUCUUGGAACUAUAUCUCCUUAUUAUAUGGGGUAUGUGGGGCCCUGGCUAAAGCCUGGACCUCCAAAGGGACUUGAACUGAAAAUGUCUGGCAACUACUGCCCUACGGCCAUUCUGCUGCCACCGGGACUUCUCUCAAACCAAGGUUUCAUUGUUGCUAAAGCUGCUCCAAGCUUGGGCUCUCGGUUUGGGGAUGAAACAACAAUCUUAUGUUGAAUUGUAAUUAUCUGUGCUGAAUGUAUCUAUCUAUCCCAACAUAUCUAUCUAUAUCUAUCCCAACAUAUCUAUCUAUCCUAUAUGUUUACAUGGGUUGGUCUGCUCACUAAGCACCACGGUUUUGAGAGUGCUAGUUUCAUUAAUGGGCCCGUGGUACUUGCUUUAGUUUGGUCAUUUUGGUAUAGUAAACCCUACGUAAUGUGAAGAUCAGGGACAUGAUUAGUUAGAUACAAAACCACUGUAGGACAUAGUGUGGGUUGCCCUUAGGCCCAGACUGGCAAUCUGUCAAUUCUGGCAAAUGCCAAAGGGGCUGCUGUAAGAUGUCACAGAGUCCCAGUCUGGACCUGGUUGCCCUGCAGUGUUUGUUGGUUAGUCCAUGUAGUCUAUAGGGCUUCAAACCCAACAUGUGUGAUUGCAUCCCAAGGACAAACUCUGGUUGCAGUUUUUUCCCUUUAUCGUGGACUAAUUCGUUUUUUACUUCAUUACAUGGGGCUUUUUGCCAUUAUUAUAAAAAUGGGAUAUUUUUUUAAAACUCAAGUUGAUUAAAACAAGGGCUGAUGCGAGACUCAAAAACGAUUUCAUUUCAAACCUUGGGGUUGUGUCAGCAGAGCAAAUAUAACUGCGGUGCUAUUCUGUUGCACCCCUAUUAGCAGAAACUGACGACCUCAUGUGGUGGGAAGCGGUACUGCGACUAAGAGUAUUCAGUUUUGACUGCCGUAGCCAUUGAGUGAGUUGGGCUCUAGAACCCCCAGUGUUGUCUCUGUAACUCCUCACUAAGGGUCUCCAACUGGUUUAUUGUGUUUUGUGUUCUGUUUAUAUCCAGACCAACAAUAUUUCUUUCUGUAAAGAACAGUUGGCCAGUUCUGGUUAUACGGGUAGCCUAGAUAGUAAUGGGUUUAUUUAUCAAUUUUUGAGUUUUGAAAUCAAGUUUGUUUUCUAAAUCGAAUAAACUCAUAUCGAAUGCUCACCUAUUUAUUCAGUGUCGGACUGGCCCAUCAGGAUACCAGGAAAACUCCCGGUGGGCCCUCCUGCUCCUGACCAUUUGGCCUGUUUGUUCCCAUUCAGAAAUAGGGAAUGGCCAUGAAAGAGGAGAAACAGAUGGAAGAAUAGAUGCUAGCAUGUAAAUAAAACAGACUGGGAGAAUAAAGAGGUUGGGUGAGGAAAGGAGGAAAAAUAGUUUGGAGAGUGGGCCUAUGGUCUAAGGUUUUCUGGUGGGCCCCUGGGGUCCCAGUCCGACACUGUAUUUAUUAAUAAGGAAAACUUGUCAAUAAAAAACUCUUAAUACCUCAAUUUUUUCCAGUUCACAAACUUGAAAAAGCUGGAAAAAUUUGAGCUCGAAAAAUAUGGCUUGACUUCUAUUGGCUUCUAUAGAAACUCGCAAGCUUUUCGAUGGCAAAUUUGAGUCUUUUUGCACUUAAUAAAAUACCAGACAUUCGAGUUUGCGAAACGUAAUUCGAAUUCCAGUUUUAUUAGGGCAACUCAAACAUUGAUAAACUCCCCCAGACUGUUAUGUUGUAUACGUUAGGCAUUUUAGAAUGAAACCUGCCCUGUCUGUAUCUUUAGGCUCUUUAUCGUCACCCUGAAGAUACUUCACCCUACCUAGUAAAGUCUACCUCACAGUGGUAUAAUGGUUGAUAUUAGUAGUAUUACUAGUGUUGUACUAGCCAGUCCCACUUGUAUCACAAGUAUAUAACCCAGUUUGAAUGCCCUAAUUGUAUCCAGCUCCAUAGACUCUUGGUUUGAUCUUCUUUGAUGCUGCUUUUGGCUGUUGGUUUGUUCCACCUUCUCUCCCAUAGCCCUGUGACCACACAUAGCUGGUUCCCCAUUGUCUUGUGAUGAAUGUUCAUGUCCCAUUCAGUCUAUGUAGGAUAUAUUGGAGGGCAGUUGAAGAGCUACGGGUAAAGAAUACCCACCACGGUACCUCGGCGCACUUCGGAAGCGGAUAGCAUUUCCUAUGGUUGAUGGGAAGGCCUAGAGCGGUCUUUAUCUAGAAAUGCAGAUGAGUGACUUCCUAAGCCAACUUUCACAUGUAGGAGGUCCCCACCACAAAUUUACUCUAUCACUUUUUCUGGAAUAUCUGCUAACCCUCCAUGGCCUUCCUUAUAACUGCAUUGUCCACUUUUAUCAUAAACUUUUUUUUAACGUGGAAAAAAAUGAAGGAAUUGAGGUUUAUCCUCAACCAAUUGGCACUUCUUCCACAGUCCUGAAGUCAUAAUUGGCUAAAUAAUUUGACUGAGAAUGGGCAGUUUUAUCUGUAGUGGAGGAAGAUCAACUGUAGAGGCAAUUAGUGACUUCCCUCAUAGACUGGAUCCUUUCUGCUCAUGAAAUGAAUCAAUGGUUGUAUGAAACCGUAAUAUAAAAUUUAAUUUGAAAUGAAACCAUUUUAUACUAAUGUAUAAAUUCAGUUAUUAUUUAACCAGUUUUAAUACUAAUUUUGGCUCAACCAACCCAUUGUAUUUUUUCAGGGAAACUUGAUCUUUUUGGCCAGUGUAGUAUCUGAAAUAAUGAGCAGCCCCUACAAAUUGCUCUAGAAAUAAAUCCCUUCCCGUGCCUCUUGUAUGUAUCCAAAGCCUCAGAUUGCUUUACAAAGUGGUUCACGUUGGCCAAGAGCCUUUGCCACAAUUCCAUGGCGGCUACUGAUGAAGAUUGCAUAUGUAGAACACAUGUUGAAAAGAUUCUGUAAACGAUCUUAAACAUUCUUGGAGCAGAUCUGAUGGAACUUUCCCAUUGACACAAGUCGAUCCCUAUAUUUCUGUACAAGAAAUAAAUGCUUGUCCACAACUCACCAUAAGUCACAAGGAGGCCCAGGGGCACUGAGCCUUCAGCUAGGGGAGCAGAAUUAAAAACCAGUUGAAGAUAGGCAGGCGGGUUUUUUUAAAUCGAAUAAACUUGCAUAUCGAAUGUUCACUUAUUUAUUACUAUGGAAACCUUGUUUGAAUAAAAAAAACCUCGAAUAUAUAGAAUUUUUCGUGUUUAUGAGCUCAAAAAGCUCAAGUUUUAGAAUAUGGCUUGACUUAGCCUAUGACCAUUCCCAUUGACUUCUAUAGAAACUCACAAGCUUUUACAUGGGGAAUUUUUACAUUCAAGUUUUCGGGAUUUUUGCACUUAAACAUUCGAGUUUCUUUGAACCCUAACUCGAAUUAAAGUUUUUUAAGCUCAAAAAAACUCAAAUCGAGAAAAAAAAAAUCAAACUGGAGAACACAAAACGCGUAAGGCUGUCUAUGUUGGUGGAACCAAUAAACACAUUUUGAUUAUACUUUCUGCCCAUGGACUGCCCACUGACUGCCCAUUGACUGCCUGCCUAUCAUUAAAUGGUUUCUAAUGUAUCCCAGCUGAUGUGGUGUCUAUAGAGUAUGUCCCUAUAAUGAAAAGAUCUCGUUCAAGUAGAGGUGCUAUUGAUAUCUUCUGGUGGCAAAUUUUGGAGCAUCUAGAUUGACCUAUUCAUGUGAUGUGCCUUUGCUUUAGGUUGAUUGAUUUUGUGGUAUUUCUGGGACGCUUGGGUGUGUUUUGAAACCAACAAUGGUUUACGGCUGGGUUGCCUUACUGCAAUCAUCCACCUUUUGGUUGAACAGAAAGUUCCAGGGUGCUAGGACUUGUAGAUCAACAACAGACGGAGGACUUUAAGACUGACUAAAUGCUACACUAACAUACACUGAUCAGUCAAUGGAACUGCUGAACAGACAAGAAAUCAUCCUUUGGUGCCGAGUUUGCCCAGGCAGUUCAUUGUCGAUGAUAGAUACUCCACGGAGCAGCUUGUGGUUGGCAACCAGCUGAAUGGGGUCCAUGGGAUCCUGGUUAGAAGUCUCUUUCCAUUGAUUCUCAGAGUAGAUGUUGUGUGCGUAUGUCUAUGGGGUACAGAAUGUCCAUAUGGGGUACAGAAUGUCCAUAUGGGGUACAGAAUGUCCAUAUGGGGUACAGAAUGUCCUGUAGAACUGAGCUAUGAAUGGUCAUCCCUCCCAAGCUGUAUUCACAGUAUUCAUUCUUGUCUUGUUUAGUUGGGCUGUGUGAGAGGACGUGUACUUGUAACUGGAUUUUAUUUGGAAAUAAAUGAAUUUCAUAUG